AUGAAAGUUAUUUGUUGUUUAUUAUUAUUUAUUCUUCUGAUUAAAUAUAAUGAAGCGAAAAAAGCUCAACGUAUUUAUGUAGUUGUACGAAAUGCAACAACUCCUGGAAAACCGAUGUAUGGAUUUAGAAUAUUCGAUUCAAAAGAAAAAACAUGUUUAUAUCGAAUAAGAGUUUCGUCGAGCGAUGUGGAUAGUGCUAUACUUGUUGAUAAUAUUGGAAAAAAUAUAAUGGCGAAUCUUAAAGGUAUAUGGAUAGAAAACUUAGUUAACGUUUCAUUUUCUGUUUAUGAUUCAAAGUUAAAUAAAUGGACAGACGGAUUUAUAAAAAUAAAUGCUCAUGUACUUUCUCUUGAUUAUAUAAUUCAAUUUAAUAAUGAGCAAUUAAUUGCAAACUUGGGCAACUUUUCGAAAAAAAUAAAAGUUUAUGAUAAAAAGAAAAAUGAAUUAUUAGCUGAAUUUCGAGUUCGUUCUCGAUGGCUACCUUGGAGUUCGGCCAAAUAUGAUCUGAAAAUCUAUUCAAAUCAAGUACCUGAUGCUAUCCAUUUUUUCUUAGUAUUAAUUAUGGAUCAUCGAGGUCUUGCUGGUGAUAACUGA